AUGAACCCCACCUUCAUAUACCUACUCUGCCUUGGGUUCUUCCUGAUCCAGAGGAUCUGGGCACAAGUGGUAGAUCAUGACAAGCUCUCUCUGACUGCCUGGCCAAGCCCUGUUGUUCCUCAAGGACAGCAUGUGACUCUUCACUGUGACUCUCGUCUUGGAUUUGACAUAUUUAGGCUGGACAAGGAAGAUGGGGCUCAUAUCCCUGAGCUCCAGGACAGAGUAUUCCAGAAGAGCUUCCUUUUGGGCCCUGUGACCCCAGCACAUGCAGGGGUCUACAGAUGUUACAACUCUAAUCCUCACUUUUCUAAUGGAGUUCCAGCACCCAGUGACCCUCUGGUGAUCAAAGUUUCAGGAAUCUACAAAAAACCCUCACUCUCGGCCCAGCCAAGUACCCUGGUGAAAAACGGAGGGAAGGUGACCCUACAAUGUUGCUCUGAGGUCAUGUUUGAGACCUUCAUUUUUGUUCUACACAGACAGAAAGUAACCAAGGACCUCUUGAAUCUUUCUGGGGAGUCUUAUGAUGGGGGUUCCCAGGCCAAUGUCUCCAUAGAUCCUCUGACCCCUGUCCAUGCAGGAACCUAUAGAUGCUAUGGUUCUCUCAAUCAUCAGCCUUAUGUGUGGUCAGAACCCAGUGACCCUCUGGACAUUGUGAUCACAGAUCAAUUCAAGAAACCAUCUAUCUCAGCCCAGCCAGACUUUGUGGUGAGGUCAGGAGAGAAUGUGACCUUGUCCUGCAGUUCUGACAGUUCCUUUGGCAUGUACCACCUGUCUAGGGAGGGGGAGCCCCAGGGACACUGUCUCCCUGCAGUGCAGAGUCACAGUGGUACAUUCCAGGCUGACUUCCCUCUGGGUCCUGUGACCCACAAAGGGACCUACAGAUGCUAUGGCUCCUUCAAUGGCUCUCCCUAUGCCUGGUCAUCCCCAAGUGACCCCCUGCACCUUUCUGUCAGAGAUCUUCCUGCAGAUAACCACAAACUUCUGAUUGGGCUCUCAGUGGCCAUCAUCCUCUUUGCCUUCCUACUUGUCUUUCUCAUUCAUCAUUGGCACUCUACAAAAAAGAAUGCAGCUGUCAUGGACCAAGAGCCUGAAGUUAACAGAAGCAUGAACAUGGAGGAGGCUGAAGGAGAAGAAACAGAGGAGGUGACACAGGAAGUGACAUACACAGAGUUGGAUCAUUGGGUUUACACAUGGAAAAAUCACUCCCACUUCCCAGAGGCUCAAGGAAUCCCCAACAGAAACUA